CAGUUUUUCAUUUAUAAAUAAGAAUUUUUAUUAAUUUUUUUUGACACUUCAUUACUUUCCAGUCAUAAAGAAUGCGCUGUAGCUUUUACCUCGGGGCUGGAAGCUACCGCAAAGUAAAAAGUUUUCAACAUAAAAUGAUAAGUAGGUGAGCACAACUAGUGUGGAUCAAUGAUUGUAGGCUUUGGUAAAGAGGAUGUUUCUGCUUCUAUGAUAACCAUGGGAAGAAUGACUCAAACUCCAGGUAUGGCAAAUAUAAGAACUGGGAAUUCUGUGAUGAAAGCUACUUGUGGUGAUAUUUUGAUGGCAAUUCCUACUUUGACCUCUAUGGUUCCUAACCCUGUUGGUAUGGACUGCAUGUCGUCAGAAAGCAAUGGGUCAGAUCAUAAACAUUCUAACAUAUUUAUGACAGCUGAUGGUAACUCCAAUAAAAUGGUUAGUGCUCCUGUUCUUAAUAAUAAUGCCUUUUCUAAUUCUGUUUACAAUUUAUCAACAUUGUCGGGGAACCAAGGCAAGGCUCUUCAAUAUCAGCAAGGUAUUGGAGGCAUAUCCAUGGGUACAACAGACCAGUUAAUGCCUACAGUACGUGCACAUGGUAUCAGUAAUGGGGUAAUUCCAACGCCUGGGUCUUAUGAAUCAAAGUUUGUAGGGAUAAAGAAACCAUCCUAUGUUGGAAUGGGUGACUGGAACUAUUGCAAUAUAAGCAAACAAAUAUGUGGCACCAUGGGAGCUGUUAACACACAGUUGAAGAAUCCAUCACAUGGGUCCAUAAAUUGUGCAGUACAGCUGGCAGGAGACAACAAGCAUUUGAUGAAUCACACAUCAGAAUUAUCUAAUUCAUGUUAUAUAAAUGCUUCAGAGUGUGAUAAUCUACAACUACAAGAUUCAUCUCACCAGAAUCUCAGUCAGCCGAGACAACAAAAUCUUAUGCAAUCUGCAAUCUUCAAUGGGUUGGGUCCAUUAGCUGAUGAUGGUUUUGCAAUGAAUGCAGCUGAUCUUAUGCAUUCUGGAAAUUUUCAUGGUCCUGCAUCGUGUGGUAGCUUUCAUGCAGCAGCAAGUUUUGAUGGGGACUCUUCAAGAUUAGUAUCAACAAACUUGAUACAUGUUCCAGGAUUACCUAGCAAGCAACAUCAACAAAAACAGCAAUUAUCUGAGGAAGGAAGAGGUGUACCUCUGAACCAGCCUGCAUUACAGCCAGGUGUAAGCAAUGCAGAAAUGAAAAGGCAAUUGGUUGGAAGACAACAUUUGCUGCUAUAUUUUUACCAUGCUAGUAAAUGUUCAACUCCAGAAUGUCAAUGUCGGAAUGGUGUAUAUGUUGUCAAAUACAAGCUAUGGGCACACAUGACCACAUGCCAUGAAAGACAAUGUAAUUAUCCAUGUUGCAGUGCAUCCCGGACUCUUAUUGGGCAUCAUAAAAGAUGCAGGGAUAAAUGUUGUCCUGUUUGUGGCCCUGUCCGAACUAAAUUAUCCUCUAAUAGAUAUACUCAGUUAUCAAACCCUGGAGCAACAGAGUUUAUAAAUAGUGUGCCAGUUUCUUCAAACUUUAACAGUUCAGUUGGAUUUAAAAUAAAUUUGGUGGGAAAUUCUAGAGUUUCUGUGCUUGAUACAACACAGGAUGAACAGCCUCCAAUUAAAAGCAUAAUUGAAUCCGCCUCUUCAAACUGUUCACAGCAGGAAGUGAGAAGUUCACAGGCAUCUGCGAAAAUUCCAUGUGAGAUGCAAGGGCUCACCCAAACACAAACUCAACCAAAUGAACAGGAAUCACAUACGUUGAAGUCUUAUCCAUUGAAGCCUAUCCUGGCCACCUCUGCAUGUGACAGGACACCUGAUAAACCGACUCCAACAAAACGGAGAAAGAUCGGACCCACUUCUUCAAGCUGUGCUCAAUGGAAAGUUGAAAGGGAUCCAAGUGAGAUGGAAGUAUUUAACCAAACUCAACUUUUCCUGCAAAGUAGAAAUGGCUUAAGCAUGAUGAAGUCUGACAUAUUGAAAACUAUCAGUGUAAAGCCUCUACCAUUGAUGGUAGAACAUCCAUUAAGAUCACAGCAAGUACCUUUCCAACAAAAUUGUGUAUUAAAUAAAUCUACUUUUUGGAUUCCUCAAGCUGAUCAAGGGCAGAUAAAAGAGAAACAAAAGAAGGCUGAGAUUGGAAUCUCUUUUUCAGCUAAUGCUCCUAAGCAAGAUGUAAAAGAAACUAUGCAGGUUGAGCGGGAAAUCAGAAGCAUACCUGGAUUUUUGGGAAUAUCAAAUCAGAAGGAAGGGUUUAAUCAAACACAAACUCAAGUUUUAUUGCCUAAUGGACAUGACUCAAAUAUGAUGAAGACUAAAAUAUCAAAGACUAUUGAAGUGAAUCAUAUCCAUGACAAAAUAGAGGAACUUCAACCUCUAUUUAAACAGAAAUAUAUAGAAACUGCUUUGCCAACCUGUUCACAUAAAAGAGUUGAAACUAAAAGUAUAUUGGUAUCUGCUGAAAGUCCAUAUGAGAUGCAAGGGGUUUCCCAGAUGAAAACUCAGAAAUGUCAGCCGAAAAUACAUAACUUGGAUAUAAAAAACUCUAGUUCUUUGGAAACUAUCAAAGCAGAGCCUGCACUGGUGUAUACAGAACAGACUGAGAUUUCACAGCAAGGACCUUUUAAAAAAAUUAAUGAAUUAAAUAAAGAUACCUUACAGAAUCCCCAUGCUGAACAUGGCCUGAUACAAGAGCAACUGGUAAAGCAGGUUCAAGCUGUUUCUCUGAUAGAGUUUUUCAACUGUGAUCAGAUCAGAGAGCACAUUACAGGGUUGCAACAAUGGGUGGGCCAGAGCAAAGAAAAGGCUGAAAACAAGAAGGGUGAGAAAAUAUGUACAUUAUGUAAUGUAGGGAAACUUACCUUUCGGCUACCACCUAUUUAUUGCUCAUUAUGUCCAUCCCGUAUCAAGCCGAAAACAUUAUAUUACUUUGUGGCAUCUGAUGAUGCAAGACAUUGCAUUUGCAAAGGUUGCUAUGAUAAGAUUCAAAGUAAUGUGGUUAAGCUAGAUGGGAAUGCAUAUGCCAAGUCAAAGCUUAUGAAGAAAAAAAAUGAGGAAGUUGCAAAGGAAGAAGUGUGGGUGCAAUGUGAUAAUUGUAAGGAGUGGCAACAUAGUAUAUGUGCACUAUUCAAUGGUAAAAGGAAUGAAGAGGGCAUGCCAAAGUAUACAUGUCCGAACUGUUAUAUAGAGCAGAUAGAAAGGGGUGUCUGGAAACCAUUACCACAGAAUGCUAUUCUUCGGGCAAAGGAUUUACCAACAACAUGUCUGAGUGACCACAUGGAACAAAGGCUUUGUGGACGGCUAAGGAAGGAAAGAGAAGAAAGAGCAGAAGCCUUGGGCAAGAGCUUUGAGGAGGUACUAGGCACAGAAGAGCUUGCUGUGAGAAUAGUAUCAUCAGUUGAUAAAGUAUUAGAAGUAAAAAAACAAUUCUCACAAUUUUUGCAAAUAAAAGAUUUUCCAUCGACAUUUCCAUAUAAAUCAAAGGUCCUCCUCUUAUUUCAAACAAUUGAAGGUGUAGAGAUUUGCCUCUUCUGUAUGUUUGUUCAGGAAUUUGGAUCAGAAUGUUGCCAUCCAAAUCAACGACGCAUUUAUCUCUCAUACUUGGAUUCUGUGAAGUACUUCAGGCCUGAUGUGAAAACUGUGACUGGUGAAGCGCUCCGUACUUUUGUGUUCCAUGAAAUUCUGAUUGGAUAUUUGGAAUACUCUAAGAGACGGGGGUUUGCUAGUUGUUAUAUAUGGUCCUCUCCUCCAUCAGAAGGGGAUGAUUACAUUCUCAAUUGUCAUCCUGAAAUACAGAAGACACCACAAACUACCAAGCUCCGUGAUUGGUAUCUUUCAAUGCUGCAUAAGGCCAGAAAGGAAGAAAUUGUGGUGCAUGUAACAAAUAUGUAUGAUUACUUUUUUGUGUCUACUGGAGAGCAAAAGGCUAAAGUAACUGCAGCUCGCCUUCCAUACUUCAAUGGGGACUAUUUCUCCGAUGAAGCAGAGAAUGUGAUAAUAUCCAAACUUAAAGAAGAGGAAGAACAUCGACAGAAAUAUCAGAAUAUAAACAAGUCUACCACAAAGAGGUCUUCAAGAGCUGCUGCUCAAGCAGAAUGUGACAGUGAUUCUUCAAAAGAUAGUUUGCUAAUGAAAAAGCUUGGAGAUCGCAUCUAUCAGUCAAAGAAAAACUUCAUUAUGGUUCACUUGCAGCAUGCAUGCUCACAUUGUUGUUUCUUUAUUGUUUGUGGCAAGCGGUGGGUUUGCAAGGAGUGCGAAAAUUUCCAGCUUUGUGACAAGUGUUAUGAGUUGGAGCAAAAGCUUGAUGAAAGGGACAGCCAUCCAAAAAACAGAAAGGAAAAGCACAUACUUCUUCCAAUUGAGGUCACAGAUGUUCCAGCAGAUACCAAGGAUAAAGAUGGUAUCAUGCAGUGUGAGUUCUUUGACACGCGUCAUGCAUUCCUAAGCCUUUGUCGAGAAAAUCACUAUCAAUUUGACACACUGCGUCGUGCAAAACAUUCUUCAAUGAUGGUACUCUAUCAUCUUCAUAAAUCAAGAGUACCUGUUUUUCUGCGUAAAUGCAGUGCAUGCCAACUUGAUAUCAAAUCAGGACAGGGAUCGCACUCUGAAAUUUGCCUUGAUUUUGACCUUUGCAAUGAUUGUUAUCAAAAGGACCACUCUCUAAAACACUUCCGUAGAUUGACAGCUCAUCCAUUUAUUGAUGAUCUGAACACAAAGAGUCGUGAAGCUCAUGAAAAUCAGGUUCAGGAGGUACAAAAGAUCUCGAUUAGACAUGUUUUUCAGUGUGUCUCCCCCCAGUGUGUAUAUCAGAAUUGUCAGACUCUCAAAGGGAUCUUUCGACAUGGGAUGAAAUGCAAAACUGGUGCUACACAGGGCUGCACCCAUUGUCGGAAGAUGUGGCAUAUGUUAAAUUUACAUGCACGAGCUUGCAAGGAAUCUGAAUGUUGUGUUCCCCGUUGCAUGGAUUUGAAGCAACAGUGGAGGUCUCAAAAUCAAAUGGAAUUAAGGCGCAGUGCUGAUGUUACUUAAAAAAUGAGGCAAAGGACUGGAAAGAUCACUGGAAACUUUAAUUUAUCAAUACACAAUGUGUUGGCCCUGGAGAGCUGUAUGGUGAAUUUGACACUUCACAUACCUGUCAUUCCCACUGAAGUUAGGUUUGGCUGUUGGCAUUAUGAGGCAGACCAAAUGCUGAUAAAAGGAUUAUGCAUUUGAUCAACAUGAGGGAAAUGCACAGGCUCCAUUGAGAUGACUUGUUGUAGUAGAGCCCAAGGAUAAAGAUGCAAUCAUGCAAAGUUAGUUAUUUGUCACUCAGGUCAUACUGUGUGGACCAUCAUUAUGAUAAGCGACAAGGUUUACAUAUUGGAGCUUCUUGUAUAGGUGAACUGAAAUAUAAAAGGCGGGAAGAACCUUUACAGGCACAUAAGUAUAUGUAAAGAAUGCAUGAUGAGAUGUGUCGAGGUUUUUCUAUGACAAUAAUGAACAUACAAUGUUCAUUUCUUUGGAAAAGGCACACUCCCUUUCUUAAAUGUAAUGGGAAUCAUAAGAGCAACAAAUGCAAAGACACCAUUCUUGAGCUUUUGAUCAAGCAGGUUUUUUGAGAAGAUCCCUUUGUUGGGAAAAUAAUUCAUAAAUGAUUUGACUCCAUCUUCAGAAUCCAUUGGCACCUAGUUGUGUAAGGAUAUGUAACAUUUACAGCAUGAAUCCAAGACAUGAUAGGGAUGUUUACGCAGUUUGAAUCUUUGCAAUGAUUGCAUUCAAAAGGAUGACCUUGUGAAGCAUUCCCAAAGAGUGUUGACUCAUCUUUUUAUUCCUUUGUGAUGUGGAAAUUUAAAAUUUAAAGAGCAUAGUGCUUUAGAGGUAUCAAUAUAAAAUAAAAUAACUUGGU